AUGCGCGUACCGAGGUGUCGCCCACUAGCGUGGUGUCGAUCACGGGGGAGGGUGGUGGUGGCAGGACGGCCUGCCCAUCGGACACCACAGGAAGACAAAGGGCACCCCAAGAAGAAUAACGAAGAAUUGGAUUCAGAUAUCAAAUCGAACCCCCUCAGACCAGGUUACCCAGCCAGCCAGGCUAGCGAGCCCAUCUGGGGGCCAUGCAGGGCCAGCGUGCGUGCGUUCCGUUCCGAGGCUGCAGGUUCUUCAUACAAAUCCACUGUUCCGAGGAUUGGUAUAGAGAACAGAAUGGCCCUGCACACACCGUCGUCCAAGUUGCCCUGGCGCAAGAUCGGGAGCCCACUUGGACUGACCCAUCGCUGGUCUGUAACAAAUGCUUGUUUGAUCGGCUCCGAACAGAGGAGGAGUUCCAUGCAGUGGAGAAUGGAGCGUUUUGCCAGUCUCUGCCUUAGCGUGUUGGUUUUUUUGCACCAUCCAUUCCACCUCGAGUGCUGCGUGGGCGCGAACGGACCGGUGGAAAGAACCAGCCCAGCUAGGCGUUCCGAUUCACGGCAGCUGAGGUCCAUUUUGCCCGUCAGCAGCGUGUACUAUUAUAGCCAGUGGCCGUUGAAUUCGAAAUAUGUGUCGUUAGAGUGGCUUGCAAAUGGCUCCAACGCUACUGUAGCGGGAGCCGUGUCCAAAAUAAGCGUAGAAGGGGAUGAGGGUUGCAGAGGGCGUCCAGCAGAUGUUGUGAGAGUGUGUAAAGGAGGUCUGCAGGAAGAAUGCGGGUCGAAAAGGAGAGAGAAAAAGAAGGAGGGCAAUAAGCAAUA